CAAUGCGCGGACUUCCGCGGACACUUUUUUGGCGGAGUGAACCAUCUUGUUAUAUACGAUCAUUGGUCCUGUUAGUUGAUGAGGGGUGAUUCAAAAGUGCGUGUUGUUACGACGGAGGCUCUUUAGUCAUGGCCUCGAUCGUUGUUCUCGGCUUCAUCUUCGUUGUCUGCGUUUCUUCGACAAACGGAGUUGUCGUUCCUCACUCGUCCUUGGAGUGUGGCCAGCACUGUCAAUCAAGUUUGCAGCGAUGUCGUAUGACAACUUUUUGUGAAAACUGUGAAGUGGCUUACCUCGGUUGUUUUAACGUGGCAGAACUUGAACCAAUCUACGAAACGGGCUUUAAUGACAGUUUCUGUGGUCCGGCCCUGGCCAUGAUCUACGACCGACUUCUUGACAACUUGACGGUGGUCCCGGAGCCUCUUCGCUGCUCCAACACGUCCACAUGUCCCAGUGUGGCGGACUGCACGCCAGACCCCGCCCAUGACACCACCUCAUACUGCUGCGCCAGGGAAGAGGGCACCACCACAGCCGGUCCCGAAGUAACAACGUUGGAAUAAGACAGACGACGUUCGGAUACGUAUGAACAAGGUUCAUCAUUCAUAGACAUAAAGUUUGACUUUGAAAUUCAGAUGUUUUCUUCAAGUGGAACUGCGUAUGACGUGUCUCGGCGCAGAACGAGAAAACGACAAAAGACAAAGACAAUUAGAAUCAAUAUGAUGUGAAAGUAGAAAAUAUCUGCAUAUCUAAGUCUAGUGAAUUUUUUUUAAUUAAAUGAUGCAUAGUUUAGAUUAUUCUAUAAACAAUAAUUUUGUAUACAGUCCUUACCAAAAUGCUUCAUUAAGCUAUCGUUAAGUUUGUGUGUAUGGAAUAAACCUCUUUCUCAAAUUUUA